GGGGCCGGUGGCAUCUGCCCCCCGCGUUGCGUCUGCGCCUCCAACAUCCUGAGCUGCUCGCAGGCGGCGCUGAGCUCGGUGCCGGCCCCGUUGCCCCGUUUCGCCGCCGUCUUGGACCUCAGCCACAACAAUGUCACCCGCCUGCGGGCCGACUGGGCGCCGGGGCGCCUGGCCCACCUCCACGCCCUGCUCCUGGCCCACAACGGCCUCUCCUUCGUCUCCACCGAAGCCUUCGCCCACGUCCCCCACCUCCGCCACUUGGACCUUUCCUCCAACCGCCUGAAGGCCUUGGAGGAGAACCUCUUCAGCGACUUGGCCGAGCUGGAGGUUCUCCUCCUCUACAACAACGAGAUCGCCGCCGUGGACCGCACGGCCUUCGAGAACCUGGCCCGGCUCCGCAAACUCUACCUGGGCCAGAACCGCAUCGCCCGCUUCCCCCUGGAGCUCCUCCGAGAUGGCACCCGCUUGCCCCAGCUGGCCCUCUUGGACCUCUCGGCCAACCGCCUCCGCAGCUUGCCCGUGGGCGACCUACAGGCCUUGCCCGCUUGGCUACGGGACCGCCUCUACCUCCACGGCAACCCCUUGGCUUGCGAUUGUCCCCUCUUCCAGCUGGUGGCCCGCGGCCGCCGCCGCCGCCUGAGCGCCGUGGUGGACUUCCAAGAGGAGCUACGGUGUUUCUUGCCCUCUUCAUCCUCCUCCUCAUCAUCUUCAUCCUCCACCUCCGUGGGCAUCUUGGCCCUGGCCGGCCGGCAACCCCUCAACUGCAGCGAGGCGAGGGAAGCGGUGUUGGAAGGCCACCUCGGGGACACCGUCACCUUGGGGUGUGACACCCGGUUACGGGGGGUACGGAGCCGCCACUGGGUGACCCCCGGUGGGGAGAGGGUGGUGGAAGAAGGGGGCAACGGUAGCGCCGCCUUGUUGGCCAACGGUAGCCUACAGCUCCGGGGGCUCCGGCCGGAGGACGCCGGCACCUACUCUUGUUGGGUGGGGGGUCCUCUCCUCAACGAGACCCUCUACGUGGAGCUGCUGGUGCACAACUUCACCUUGCACGGCCCCCACGACACCCUCAACACCGCCUACACCACCUUGGUGGGCUGCAUCCUCAGCGUGGUGCUGGUCCUCAUCUACCUGUACCUCACCCCCUGCCGCUGCUGCUGCUGCCGGGGGGGACCCGAGAAACCCCCCCCACCCCGCGACGACAGCAUCAACUCCUCCGUCCUCAGCGCCACCCCCAACCACGCCGUUUUGGGGGGGUCCGGGGAACCCCCCAGGUCCCGCUCGGCUUCUUCUACAGGGCCGGGGCAAAACGGCAGGUUUAAAGGAGGGGGGACCCCCCAGGCGCCCCCCCGGCACGGCCCCAAGGGGCAGAGGAAGGUGUCGGAUCCGGACUCGGUCAGUUCUGUCUUCUCCGACCCCCCCAUCGUGGUGUGAGGAGGGACUUGGGGGGGACACGGGGACAUGAUGGGGACAGUCCCCAAGGACACCUCAACCCCACUGCCACCAGGACUUGAUCCCCAUCUUCUUGACCCCCCCCCAUUGUGGAAUAAGGUGAGGGGGACAUGGUGGGGACGGUCCCCAAGGACACCCCAUCCCUGCUGCCACCAGGAUCUGGCCCCCAUCUUUUCUGACCCCCUCCCUCAUGGAUAAGUUUCGGGGGGACACGGUGGGGAUGGUCCCCAAGGACACCUCAACCCCACUGCCACCAGGACCUGAUCCCCAUCUUCUCUGACACCCCCACAUCAUGGGAUAAAUUUGGGAGGGACACAGUAGGGAUGGUCCCCAAGGACACCUCAACCCCACUGCCACCAGGAUCUGGCCCCCAUCUUCUCUGACCCCCCCAAUCGUGGUGUGAGGAGGGACUGGGGGGGGACACGGGGACAUGAUGAGGAUGGUCCCCAAGGACACCUCAACCCCACUGCCACCAGGACUUGAUCCCCAUCUUCUUGACCCCCCCAUUGUGGAAUAAGGUGGGGGGGACAUGGUGGGGACGGUCCCCAAGGAUACCCCAUCCCUGCUGCCACCAGGACCUGGCCCCCAUCUUCUGUGACCCCCCCCAUCAUGGUUUGAGAAGGGACUGGUGGGGGGACACGGGGACAUGAUGGGGAUGAUCCCCAAGGACAUCUCAACCCCACUGCCAGCAGGAGCUGGCCCCCAUCUUCUCUGACCCCCCACAUUGUGGGAUAAGUUUGGGGGGGACAUUGUUGGGACAGUCCCCAAGGACACCCCAACCCCACUGCCACCAGGACCUGGCCCUCAUCUUCUCUGACCCCCCCCAUCGUGGUGUGAGGAGGGACUGGGGGGGGACAUGGGGACAUGGUGGGGAUGGUCCCCAAGGACACCCCAUCCCCACUGCCACCAGGACCUGCCCCCCAUCUUCUCUGACCCCCCUCCCCAUCGUGGAAUAAGUCCGGUGGGGACACGGUGGGGACAGUCCCCAAGGACACCCCAAUCCCCACUGCCAUCAGGAUCUGGCCCCCAUCUUCUCUGACCCCCUCUCAUCGUGGUGUGAGGAGGGACUGGGGGGGAACGACAUCAUGGGGAUGGUCCCCAAGGACACCCCAUCCCCACUGCCACCAGGACCUGCCCCCCAUCUUCUCUGACCCCCCCUUGGUGGAAUAAGGUGAGGGGGACAUCAUGGGGAUGCUCCCCAAGGACACCUCAACCCCACUGCCACCAGGACCUAAUCCCCAUCUUCUCUGACCCCCCCCUCAUCGUGGUGUGAGGAGGGACUGGGGGGGACACGGGGACAUGAUGGGGAUGGUCCCCAAGGACACCUCAACCCUACUGCCAUCAGGAGCUGGCCCCCAUCUUCUCUGACAGCCCCCUUGGUGGAAUAAGGUGGGGGGGACAUCAUGGGGAUGCUCCCCAAGGACACCUCAACCCCACUGCCAGCAGGACCUGAUCCCCAUCUUCUCUGACCCCCCCAUUGUGGAAUAAGUUUGGGAGGGACACAGUAGGGACGGUCCCCAAGGACACCUCAACCCCACUGCCAUCAGGAUCUGGCCCCCAUCUUCUCUGAUACCCCCCUUGGUGGAAUAAGGUGAAGGGGGACAUGGUGGGGACGGUCCCCAAGGACACUGUCCCCCCCUCUCUGGGAUCUGGCUCUGAUCUUCUCUGACCCCCCACCGUGGUGUAAGGGGGGGGACAUCAUCAUGGGGA